AGAGUGGGGGGCCGUGACGCCAUAAUCCCCUGGGCCCAGGGCCGGCGGCUGUGAGUGGCACCGCAGGCCCCCGCCCCCGGGGCCCGAGGGCUGGGCUGGCCUCGGUGGGGCCGGGUGCACGCAGUCGGAGGCGGCGCCGGUCAGGCCGCCAGGCGCCUAUGGACGCACGGAGCCCGCUGUCUCCCCGGGCCAGCGCGUUCAGCAUUGCCUCUCUGGUUGCAGCAGAGGCCGCAGAGCACACCGCUCGCCUGGGCCCCGGGUUCUCCGACCGGGUGAAGCUUCGCAGGCUGCUGGGAUCCCCGGCAGGGAUGCACUUCAGCACCGUCACCAGGGACAUGGAAGCCUUCACGGCCAGCAGCCUGAGCGGCCUGGGGGCGGCGGGGGGCUUCCCGGGCGCCGCGUCGCCGGGCGCCGACCCGUACGGCCCGCGCGAACCCCCGCCGCCGCGCUACGAGCCGUGCACCGCCGCCGCCCCCGGCGCCCCGGGCCCGCCGCACGCCUACCCGUUCGCGCCGGCCGCCGGGGCCGCCACCAGCGCUGCUGCCGAGCCUGAGGGCCCCGGGGCCAGCUGCACGGCCGCCGCCAAGGCGCCGGUGAAGAAGAACGCGAAGGUGGCCAGCGUGAGCGUGCAGCUGGAGAUGAAGGCACUGUGGGACGAGUUCAACCAGCUGGGCACCGAGAUGAUCGUCACCAAGGCCGGCAGGCGCAUGUUCCCCACCUUCCAAGUGAAGCUCUUCGGCAUGGACCCCAUGGCCGACUACAUGCUCCUCAUGGACUUCGUGCCAGUGGACGACAAGCGCUACCGCAUGCUGUGGCCCCUGCCCCGGCGUCCCAGGUACGCCUUCCACAGCUCGUCCUGGCUGGUGGCCGGGAAGGCAGACCCCGCCACGCCCGGCCGCGUACACUACCACCCCGACUCACCGGCCAAGGGGGCACAGUGGAUGAAGCAAAUCGUCUCCUUCGACAAGCUCAAGCUGACUAACAACCUGCUGGACGACAAUGGCCAUAUUAUUCUCAACUCCAUGCACAGAUACCAGCCACGCUUCCACGUGGUCUAUGUGGACCCGCGCAAAGACAGCGAGAAAUACGCUGAGGAGAACUUCAAAACCUUUGUGUUUGAAGAGACACGCUUCACUGCGGUCACUGCCUACCAGAACCACCGGAUUACCCAGCUCAAGAUCGCCAGUAACCCUUUCGCCAAAGGCUUCCGAGACUGCGACCCCGAGGACUGGCCCCGGAACCAUCGGCCCGGCGCGCUGCCGCUCAUGAGCGCCUUUGCGCGCUCGCGGAACCCCGUGGCCUCCCCCACACAGCCCAACGGCGCGGAGAAAGACGCGGCCGAGGCCCGGCGAGAAUUCGAGCGCGACGCGGGCGGCCCGGCCGUGCUCGGGGACCCGGCGCACCCGCCGCAGCUGCUGGCGCGGGUGCUGAGCCCCGCGCUGCCCGGGGCCGGCGUCCCGCUGCCCGGCGCGCCCGGAGGCCGGCCCAGCCCCCCGCACCCCGAGCUGCGCCUGGAGGCGCCAGGCGCGUCGGAGCCGCUGCACCACCACCCCUACAAGUACCCGGCCACCGCCUACGACCACUACCUCGGGGCCAAGAGCCGGCCAGCUCCCUACCCGCUGCCGGGCCUGCGCGGCCACGGCUUCCACGCGCACGCGCACCCGCACGCGCACCCGCACCACCACCCCGCCGUGAGCCCCGCAGCCGCCGCCGCCGCCGCCGCCGCCGCGGCCGCCGCCAGCAUGUACUCAUCGGCCGGGGCCGCGCCGCCUGGCUCUUACGACUACUGCCCCAGAUAAUGCGGGCGCCCGCCUGGGGGUCCGGUCCACCUAGCCCGGGGCCACCGGAGGCCCCCUUCCCGGGCCUCCAAGCCGUGGGGCCUCCAUCCGCCAGCCCCAGAGCUGUCCAAGGACCUGGUUCCCUGGCCCCCUGGCCCCAGGGCCACCGCGGGUCACUCCUCGGCCCCGAGGGCCCCGGGUCCGCACCGCCAGUGCCAAAGUGCGCGGUUCGCGCCGGAAGGAAGUGAUAUUUAUUGUUCUCCGCGAGACCGCGACGUCCCCCGGCCCGGCUGGCAGUUGCAGUGUAUACGACCCGAGAACCCGUCUGCAGGCGGUGUAGAUACUUGUAGAUAUUUGUAGAUAACUGUAGAUACCGCGCCGGCGCCGCCUUGAUAAACGGU